AUGCGAUUGCUUAGCCUGGCCUCGCUGGCCAUCGUCCUAAGCUUGCUCACGCUAGGAGCUCAAGCUGGCAAAAAGAAAUUACCCAACGCGUGGUUAGUCCACAGGGUUUCAAUGUGGGGGUGGACAAGGUGGCCCAAGAAUGAGACGAGGUCGCUGCAACUCUAUACGCUUCCCACAUGCAUCCAGCGCUGUAUCACUCCCGAAAACGCCAUCAUCGAAAUCCACGGUCAAAAGGCGGACGUUCGCACCGUUAAUCGGCGCCUGUUCUGCGACCCGAGACUCAAUCUCAUGAACGUGUACUUCAUCCACACAAUCGGGCCGUGCACCUUUGAGAGCUGUAGAUAUGAGCAUGCGUUGGAGGCACUGCGUGGACACUAUUACAAAUGGCUCAGGGUGCUCUGCACGCCUCCCAAUCUCCCCCCUUUUCCUAAGGGUGUGCCAAAGAGCAUGAUUGAUCCUACCAGCAAUUAUACCGAAGGUUUUGUCGAGGGGGAUAUGGACGGAGAUGCCGAAUGGGAUGUGGACGAAGAGGCCGAAGAGAAUGCCGACGAAUUCGACACCACUGACGGCUCCGAGGCGACCAAUAACGCUACUACCAACGUCUAA